AAUAAGUUAGAACCACCCAUAUCAUUUGAAAUUAUUGUUAGGGUUUGGGUUCGGGCGAGUAAUUGAAGCGCAGAGAAAUCGGUACACCGAUCAAUCUACCUCGAAAAGGCCGGACUUUCUGAUCCCGGACUCCGGCACCAGAUUUCCCUGCGAACGCGAUCAUAUUUACUUACAGGAGUCGGUAACGAGCUGGGAGCGGAAAUCACCAGGUAGGUGUGUGCUUGCUCACAAGCAGCCAACCCAACUGCCCCCUCCCCUACACCUCUCCCCCAAAAUAUCUCCCAAUUUUGCUUUCCAACCCGCCAUUUAUCGAUUCAAUCAAUCAGUUUGCUCCCCGACUCGCUUCCAUGGCAGGGAUAAAGCUUCCCCCGCACAAACUGGACUGAAAUUUUUCUAGAAAUCUACGAGGGUUUUGACUCUUAAGCCCUGGGAUUGCUUCAUCACUUUCGAAUUUAUUUAUUUCUCGAUUCUUUUACAUUCUUCGUCGCUGUUGAUUUAAUUUAGCUGAUAAAGUUCUCAACCAGUUCGUGUUUGUAAUGAAUUCGAAAGGCCUUUGUUAUCUAUUCAUCUGAAUUUGCUGUUUUCGAAGCUAUGGAUACGAAUUUUACAAGCUUAGAUUCCAUCUCUCAAUUUCAACUUUGCUGCUUCUGCUGUCAAUUCUGAUUUUCUGUAUUUAGAAAUACUUACAGUUUUCAGUUGAAUUUGCACUUCCUUCAGUAUAUUCGAUGAUGCUUUGGUUCUAUGAAUAAAAAUGUCGAUUAUCUGCGGUUUGCCUCUUUUGGAGUGUGUGUAUUGCCUAGCCUGCGCUCGAUGGGCAUGGAAGCGUUGCUUACACACAGCAGGCCAUGACAGUGAGAAAUGGGGCUUUGCAACGCCGGAGGAGUUUGAACCAGUGCCGAGAUUCUGCAGGUAUAUAUUAGCCGUAUACGAGGAUGAUUUGAGGCAUCCACUUUGGGAGCCUCCUAGAGGAUAUGGAAUCAGUUUGGAUUGCUUGAUUUUGAGAAAAAGUUACAGUGAUACUAAUGGAAGAGCUCCGCCAUAUUUGUUGUACCUGGAUCAUGUUCAUACCGAUGUAGUUCUCGCCAUUAGAGGCCUUAAUUUGGCAAAGGAGAGUGAUUAUGCACUCUUGCUCGAUAAUGGUUUGGGGCAGAGGAAAUUCGAUGGAGGGUAUGUCCACAAUGGGCUGUUGAAUGCUGCUGUUUGUAUAUUGAAUGCAGAGUGUGAGGUUUUGGGGGAGCUGGUCGAGAGGUAUCCGAGUUAUACGUUGACGUUUGCCGGGCAUUCUUUGGGGGCAGGCGUGGCGGCGCUUUUGGCGAUGGUGGUGGUGCGCGGUGGUGAUAAGUUGAGGAAUGUUGAGAGGAGUAGGGUCAGGUGCUAUGCCAUUGCGCCUGCUCGGUGUAUGUCGCUUAAUUUGGCCGUGAGAUAUUCUGAUGUGAUAAACUCAGUUGUUCUUCAGGAUGAUUUUUUACCUCGAACAGCAACCUCGCUCGAGGACGUAUUCAAAUCUCUUUUCUGUUUGCCGUGCGUAUUAUGCCUACAAUGCGUUAAAGACACGUGCAUAGCCGAAGAGAAAAUGAUCAGAGAUCCAAGAAGGUUAUACGCCCCAGGUCGCCUUUACCACAUUAUCGAGCGAAGGCCUUUCAGAUGCGGAAGAUUUCCCCCCGUCGUGAAAACCGCUGUCCCGGUCGACGGAAGGUUCGAGCGCAUCGUCCUCUCGUGCAAUGCCACUUCCGACCACGCCAUUCUUUGGAUCGAAAGAGAAUCCGAAAGGGCUCUGGAACUUAUGCGGGAGAAAGACGAUGCGAUGGCGAUCCCGCCGAAGCAGAAGAUGGAGAGGCAGAAGACGCUCGAGAAAGAGCACGGCGAGGAGUAUCGAGCCGCACUACGACGAGCCGUUACGUUGGCUGUUCCCCACGCCGUCUCACCGUCUCAUUACGGAACUUUCGACGAUGACGAACCUCGGCAGGUGGCGAGGGAAAGCGCAACGGGUUCGUCGUCGUCUGGAUGCAGCGAGAGCCGCGAGAGGCGGGACAACUGGGACGAGGCGAUCGACGCGCUCUUCGAUGGAUCGCCAGCGGCGACGACGCUGCACAGCGACGGGCAGAAUCCUCUGCAUUAUGGUUCUUGAUGGUGGUGUAGAUGAGAUCAUUCUUUCAUUGAGUUUUUUAUUUUUUUUCUCUCUCUUUAUGCAUUUCCAAUUUAGUGAUCAAAAGGUUAGUUUGGUUGUAUUUUUAUGUUUAUUUCUACCGUUUGUAUUUAUUUAAUCAAAAAUUGAAAAAAUCAUCAAUAGCACAUAUUACGUGAAAUAAAAAUAUGUGAUUAAUAUACUCCGUAAG